AUGGCGCGGCCGCGUGGGCCCCGGCGGUGCCGGGCGCUGCUCGCCCUGCUGGCGUCGCUGCUCCUCUCCGGGGCCAAGGAGGCCGCCGGGGAACGGGACAUCCACGACUUCUGCCGAGUUCCGAAGGUCGUGGGACGGUGCCUGGCUUCCAUGCACAGGUGGUGGUACAACGCCACCGGCGGGUCCUGCCAGCAGUUUGUCUAUGGAGGCUGUGGCGGGAACAGCAAUAACUACCUGACCAAGGAGAGGUGUCUUGAGAAAUGUGUUCAUGGCAACACUGGUGAUCCGGCCACCAGCAGGGAUCGAGCCGAUUCCUCGGGCCCAGGGGUUCCCAGAAGGCAGGAUGUUGACGACCCUUCCAGCGAUAGUUUCAACUACGAAGAAUACUGCACUGCCCAGGUGGCCACGGGGCCCUGCCGGGCAUCCUUACCACGCUGGUACUUUGAUGCCAAGAAGAACUCCUGUGAUAACUUUAUCUACGGAGGGUGCUUUGGCAAUAAAAACAACUAUCUCUCCAAGAAGGCGUGCAUGAGCCGCUGCUUUAGUAAGCAGUGGUACCUGGCCCUGCCCCGCAGCACCACGGUGGUCCUGGAGCGGCUGUUGGUGAUGGUCCUGAUCAUCCUGCUGGUGUUCGCCCUGGCCUACCUGAUCACGAUGGGGUGGAUGAACCAGAAGUGCCGCCACACCGUCUGGGGCUCCGGGGCUGAUAAGGAGGCCCUGUUGAAGAGAACCUGGGGAAGGGGAGGGCAGGCCACUGUGGAAUGCACCUCUGCUAUUUAA